CAGGACAGGACACAUGUAGAGCACAGGCACUUCUUAAAUUCAUAAUGGGACUGCGUGAGUUCAUAAAGGAAUAUUUUCUUGGUUUCUGGGAUUAUGAGACCCCAAAGGUAAUGGUGGUUAAAAACAGAACUCUUGGAGUAAUAUAUAGGGGGGUACAGUUUCUUGUGAUCACCUAUUUUAUCUGGUAUGUGUUCAUCAGUCAGAAAGCAUACCAAGACAGUGAAACCCGUCCAGAGAGCUCAGUUUACACCAGGAUGAAAGGCACAGCAGUUCUGGAGGACCAUAUCCUGGACACGGUGGAGUACGCUCGACCCCCAGAGGGCGGUGAUGUGAUUAGCACAAUACUGAGACGCGAAGUCACGUAUGAUCAGAGGCAAGGGACCUGUGCUGAGCAUUUCUCUGUCACCAACGCCAACUGCACGACCGACUCUGACUGCGUUGAAGGAGAGGUCAACUUUGAAAGCCAUGGCAGGAGGACUGGGCGCUGUGUGCCAUACUACAACCACACCUUCAAAACCUGUGAGAUCCAGACUUGGUGUCCCAUUGAGGAGUAUGCUGCAGUGCGGGAGCCAGCAUUAGCCGAGGCCAUCAAUUUCACAGUUUUCAUCAGGAACUCGAUCCACUUCCCCAAAUUCAAAGUGCUCAGAGGAAAUAUCAAGGAAAGCCCAAACAGACGCAACAGGCAGAGGUAUCUUAGUAAGUGUCAUUAUGAUGAGGAGAAGGAGCCCUACUGCCCCAUCUUCCGGCUGGGCUACAUCGCAAACAAAGCGAGGGAGAAGUUCAGCGAGCUCUGCAGGACUGGAGGAGUGAUUGGGGUCUUCAUCAACUGGAAGUGUGAUCUGGACUUGGAUCCAUCACACUGUAAGCCCACUUAUUCCUUCCGACGUCUUGACCUUCGCAAGGAUCUGCCCAGCUCUGGUUACUACUACAGAUUUGCAAAGUACUACAGCAAGGACGGAGUAGAGUCUCGGACGCUCAUCAAGGCCUACGGCAUCCGGCUGGACGUCAUCGUUCAUGGACAUGCUGGUAAAUUCAGUCCCAUCCCAACCAUCAUCAGUACAGUUACUGCCAUGACAUCGGUUGGAAUUUGCUCCAUCAUCUGUGACUGGAUCAUGUUGACAUUCAUCGACAAGAAUGAAGUCUACAGUGAGAGAAAGUUUGACGACGUUAGUAAAGAGUCAACAGAGCCCAUCUCCACGGAGUUCUGCAUCAUCGGCAGCUACGGCUCAAACCACUCGGACCUGUCGGAGGGUGUGCCACUGUGACGCACUCAAGCCCAGUUCCCACAAUCCUCUCUGGCCAAGUGUGUGGACACUUCUCUAACAAAUGAACUUGACAACAGCAACUCUGAGCAGUUCCUCGGGUGUCUGCAAAGACUCAUUAACAGGCUGACCACUAUACAGUUUGUGACCUGAAAGAGAGUCAUCCAAACUUGGACGUCCCGCUGAACGACAGGUGGAUCUCUAAAAGUCUUCGUCUUUGGACCAGUCAGUUUAUAAACCAAUUCAAACCGUGUCAAUAUCAGGACCUAAACUGUACUCCAGUGGAUUAAUUUAUUUCUCUGUCAGUUGACAUGAUUUGAGAAGCCAUUACUACCAACUCCUCUGAAUGAAUUGAAAAAAAAAAAAAAAAAAA